GCCCUCCCUCCUUUCAACAAUCAGCGAAGCGGCCACUGCGUCUGAGUCUCUUUUCAACGACGGACCGCGCAAAAGCCCAGGCAAGAUGUGUUUCCUCUUCUCGGUAUCCUAUGUUUUCGGCGUCUUCUUCGUCUCGAUACUUGCCAGCAAACUGCUACAUCUGUGGACACAUCUCUUCACGGUACCGACUUCGGCUUUUAUCCUAUACCUACCGACAUUCUUCCUCUUCGACUUGUUAGCGAUAUGCAUUGCGAGACUGUUUCUGAGUCAGUCCAAGACACCGUGGGCUUGGAUUGGGUGUCUGGUUGGUACUAUAGCUACACUCAUCUCGAUCGGCGGCUCGGCGUCGCAGCUUGGAUUCUUCGUUAAGACCGGUGGAGAGCUCGAUUGGCGCGAUGCGACAGCUUAUGCUACAAGCAAGGAGGGUCUCAAGGUGCUUUUUAGCGGCAGCGAGGCCGUGAUAGCAUGCGGAAUCGGUCUGCUCAUUAUCACUAUUCCCAUCCAUGGAUUCUUCUACCGCGCAUUUGGUGCUUUUAUAGGCGCAAUUGGCGACAACAUCCUCUCAGUCUACUCCUACUUCCGAAGCUUUCGCGUGCGAAUCCCUGGUAUCCAGCGCGGUAGGUACUCAGCUCUCAAGAAUGCCGACACCGAUCUUGAAUCGACCGAUACAUACUCGAUGGACGAGGAUUUCCGACCCAGCGCCGAAAACCCUCCACGUAUGGGCGGAGAGAAGCUUGCCACCAUUCGAGGCAAGAUUGCUCGAUUCUUCGCGCGAAUCCCCUUCUUCUCGUGGCUAUGGAAAAUUGCCCUUGCUCUUUUCCUCAUGCUCACGCUGAUCCUUCGACCUGCCAAGCCGUACGAUUUCUUGUCAAUUACGCUUCCCGUUUCGAUGCUCGAUGUUUUCGCACCCGAGCCCGAUUUCUGCCAAGCGCAGCGAAGCCUUAUCCAGAACGCUUUCCCGUUCCCCGACUUGAUAAACAAUUCGACAUGGAAACAACCCGAGGGCGAUUACUUUAGGGGCUGGGCGCCUUUGGUUAACAAGGAUAUGAGCCCUCUUGGUGAGGCGUACCGAAACCACUCUGUCGACUGGUUGCCCGAGAAGGGAGAGCUGCCCCGUGGCUUUUUCCGAUUCGAUCCUAAGCGCUUCAAGAAUGGUUACCAUGGCUCACUUGGCAAGCCCAGCACUAUCAUUUCCGAACACAAGUGCCCCCAGGUCUCGCUGCAAGAGAAGGAUCCCUACUACAACCCUGUUCAGGACCCAUUGAAGAUCACCAACCUCGAUACCGAUAUCUUGCCUACACUCAAGGAGGCGCUUGGCAAUGGCGACGUCAAGAUUAAGCAUGUUGUCUUCAUCCUUAUGGAGAGUCUUCGUCAAGACUUCUGGCCUCUGCAGCAAGGCUCCCAUACACACAGCCUGAUCAUGGAUCUCAACAAGAGCGAGAAGGAGAAGGACGCGGCCAACGAGCGAUUGUCCUGGAUGAUGCCUCACAUCGAGAAGAUCACUGGUCUGAAGCAAGGAUUCACCGAUAAGAACGGCAAGCCGUACGCGAAGCCAAACUACACAUGGCACGACCAAGCGGAGGAGGGUUUCGGUGGCAUCAAUGUCGCAACCGCCUACACCGCCGCCACAAUGUCCACCAAGAGCUACUGCGCCAACCACUGCGGUGCUUACCCCAUGCCCGUGGAGAAAUUCGCCGAAGCCGACACCGACAGCUACCAGCCUUGCAUUCCCCAGAUCCUCAGUAUGCUGAACAAGGUCAAGACCAACACAUCCUCUGACGACGCCGAUUUCCGCGAUUUGCAGUGGAAGACUGCUCUUUUCGAGGCUGAGAUUGAGGAGUACGAUCGUCAAGAGAAGUUUGAUGCUAAGCUUGGCUUUGAGCACAUCAUCACCAAGAAACAGCUCGAGAGUCACUGGCGCUUCAACGAGUCGGAUGUUCUGGGCAAGAAGAUUAACUACUUCGCUUACCCCGAACCCAUCCUUAUGCCUCAUCUUCAAGACUUCAUCACCAACACGACCGCCAACAACCAGCGCAUGUGGUUGACUCACUUCACCAGUACGACCCACCACGCUUGGGGUCUUCCUGAGGGCACUCCUUACUACGAUUACGUUUCUCACACCGGCAUGAACAAGGUGCACGAUAACUUCAACAAGUACUUGAACACCCUUCGCUACCACGAUGGCUGGAUGGCUAGCUUGAUGAACCUCCUGGACGACCAAGGUAUCGCCAACGAGACCCUCGUCGUCUUCGCCGGUGAUCACGGUCACUCCUUCAAGGACGACGCUGGCAAGGAGGGCACAUACGAGAACCAGUUCAUCUCCAACUACCGAGUCGGCCUGACCUUCCGACACCCUCACCUCCCCCGAGUCCAAUACGACGCCAACACCACCACCAUCUCUAUACUCCCUACCAUCCUGGACCUCCUCAUCAACAGCGGUUCCCUCAACGAGAAGGACACCCACAUCGCCUCUGAUCUCGUACAAGACUAUGAAGGUCAAUCCCUCAUCCGACCCUACAAGAAAACUGACGGCGACCGACGAGCCUGGACGUUCUCCGUCGUCAACUCUGGCGCUGGCAUGCUCGGCGUCACAUCUGCCGACGUCCCCUGGCGCCUCGUCAUCCCCCUCAACAAGGUUAUCGAAUACCGAGUCACCGACGCCGUCAACGACCCCAUGGAGCUCAAACCUGUAGCUGCGUGGUCACCCGAAGAGCUCGAAACAGCAGUUAGUUCUGCCUUCGGCGACGAAGCUGCGCAGUGGGCCAACGAAGCCAUACCGAUAGCCCAAUGGUGGGUUCUCGAGCGUCAACGUCUCUGGCGCUAUCACUCUUUGUCCGCAUAGACACGCCAUUUUUUAUAUCUGCAUCAACCGGCGUUUUUGGGAAACAAAA